UUUAAUAAAUGAUAUUUAAUUGGAAUGCCAAUCACGCCAUUCUUGAGAGAGAACAUUUUGAAAUACUAGUUCAUAAAUUCAAUCACGCCACUGUUUUAAACAUCAGUUAUAUAUAUAUAUAUAUGAUAUUUAAUAAACAUUAGUUCAUACAUUCAACUCAAUCACGCCAUUCUUGAGAGAGAACUCGAAGGGUCUCGACUGUUUCUUGGCCUUCAGUUCAGAUUCGUCUCCUCGAUUCCAUCUUCGUCUCCUUGAUUCCAUCUUCAUCUCUUCGUUUCUCUCACACUCUCCUCUUAUUUGAAUACUACAUACCAGUCAUGCCAUCAACCAUCUCUUUCUCUCUCAAUCUCAUCACAACAGUACCUUCCACCAUUGUUACUGUUAGGACCUCCAAAUCUGGCCAACUAUCUCCUUUAGUAUAUGAUCUUGCCACCAACAGCUUUCCAAUACCAUCGGCUAUUCACUCUUGCAUAAUCGCAGUACGAAAUCAAUGUCAAGUGUUGAAGAGAUUGCAAAUCCUGGUAACAGUAACACCCCUGUGGAGCAUAAACUUGAUGCUUCUAUGUCUUCCUCUAAGACAAAGGUACGUCAUCCUAAAGAAAAGAGUAGGAAAGGUUCAGAGGUUUGGCUUCAUUUCACAAAAAUUUAUAAGGAAGGGUGUAAGAAACCUGAAGGGGCUAAAUGUAAUUACUGUCAUAACACAUAUGCAUGGUUAAGUGAGAAUGGGACUAGUACUUUGAGAAAACAUGUUGCUAAUUGCUCAAAGUGUCCUUAUAAUCAUGAGAUAAAGAAACAAAAAACUUUGUCAUUUCAGUCAGUUAAAGAAGAAGGUUCUGAAAAUAGUCUUAGAUUGUGGAAAUUUGAACAAGAUGCAUGCAGAGAUGCACUUGCUCAAAUGAUAGUCAAAGAUGAGUUACCUUUUAGGUUUGUUGAACGUGAAGGUUUUCGUCACUUUUGUAGUGUGAUGCAACCUAAUUUUAGAAAACUUUCACGCAUUACAGUGGCAAGGGAUUGUGUGACAUUAUUUAGUAAUGAGAAAAAGAAAUUGAGGAAUUUGUUCAUGAAAUCAAAUCAAAGAAUUUGUCUUACUACUGAUUCAUGGACUUCCCUACAAAAUGUUUCUUACAUGUGCCUCACAGCACAUUUCAUCGAUAAGGAUUGA